UCUGCAGACAAAAUAAUGCAAGUUAGUUAUGUACUUAUGUCACGUAACAAAAUUUUUAAAUAUGAUACCAGAAAAUUCUCCAAGAUAAAUACUUGUGUUUCAUUUUAUAAAUUAUUUUUCUUACAAGCAAAAAAAGAUUGAUAAAUACAUUCUCUAAUAAUAUCAUUUCAUAUACUUAUACAUAUUAUUUGGGUACAGAGUAUUCAAUAAAUACAAAACUGCAUAAAUACUUAUUUUAAAGUGUGAAAGUGCAUUUGCAUAAUUCAAACUGAUAAAAUCCAAUUUUCAAAAAAGGUCAACUCUUGAUGCCCGAAAGAAAAGGUCAACUGUUAGCUUGGACAUACAAUAUGAUUUCUAGCAGGUUGUCUACACAAAAUAAAAGAGAGAACCUGAACUAAUUUCAUGAACUGUCUGAUUGGUUGACUUUUUUGGUGGCUUUAAGACCCAUACAUUUGUAAUUAUUGCUCAGGAUUAAUACUAUACAAUGCGAUGGCUGGCGGCUUUAAGAACAUGCAUAUAUAUAUCAAGUCUUAUAGAUCAUCUCCAGCACAUCUAUCAUUUCAUCAACUUUUUCAAAACACAAACACCAUGUCGCUAUCGCGUCUACAUUUGUGCUUUGUCUCUAUAUUCUUACUCUUCGCUGUACACGUCUUAAUGAUGAACGCUCUUGUUUGUCGUCCUGACCAGAUCCAAGCUCUAAUGCAAUUCAAGAACGAGUUUGAGUCCAACGGUUGCAACCGCAGCGAGUAUCUCAACGGAGUCAGGUGCGAUAACGCCACUGGUGCAGUCACGAAGCUACAACUCCCAAGUGGUUGCUUUACUGGAAUCCUCAAGCCAAAUAGUAGCCUCUUUGGAUUUAACCAUCUUCGUUACCUCAAUCUCUCUCACAACAACUUCACUUCUUCUUCGCUUCCUUCCGAGUUCAGCAAUCUCAACAAACUAGAGGUUUUGUCUCUUUCCUUUAAUGGCUUCAUUGGUCAAGUUCCUUCCUCUAUUAGUAACCUAAUCCAUCUUACCCAUUUAAACAUUUCCCAUAACGAGUUCACUGGAAGUUUCACACUUGUGAGGAAUCUAACAAAGCUCUCGUUUCUAGACCUUUCUUUUAAUAAAUUCUCAGGAGCCAUACCUUCUGAUAUACUAUUCACUAUGCCCUUCUUGACUCAUCUUGAUUUGAAAAAAAAUAGUUUCACUGGAACAAUAAAAGUUCCAAACUCUCCUUCUUCAUCUAGGCUAGUGUUUUUAUCCCUUGGCCAAAACCAAUUUAAAGGGCAAAUCCUUAAGCCUAUCUCAAAGCUCAUCAACCUCAGCCAUCUUGACGUCUCUUCCGUAAACACAACCUACCCAAUUGACUUAAACAUCUUCUCUCCACUCAAAUCUUUGUUGGUGCUUUAUGUCUCUAGAAAUAGUUUAUUACCAUCCAGUCUAAAUUCUUCAGAUAUCUCAUUGCACUUAGAAAGCUUGGUCAUGCGAGGAUGUGGCAUUACCGAGUUCCCAACCAUCAUAAAGACCCUUCAAAACUUGCAGUAUAUAGACCUUUCCAGCAACAAAAUCAAAGGGAAAGUCCCUGAGUGGCUAUGGAAGCUUCCUCGUCUUUUCCAAGUGAAUCUUGUUAACAACUUUUUCACCGGUUUGGAAGGUUCUUCAGAGGUUUUCGUUAAUUCAUCAGUGCAGUUACUAGAUAUUGCAUACAACUCCAUGGCAGGAGAGUUCCCUAUUCCACCAACUAAUAUCAUCUACUUGUCAGCAUGGAAUAACAGUUUCACAGGGAAGAUACCUCUCCAGAUUUGCAACAGAAGCUCUCUUGUUGUGUUUGAUCUAUCCUACAACAAAUUCACCGGUCCAAUACCUCAGUGUUUGAGUAAAUUGCCGAUAGUGAAUCUCAGGAAGAACAACUUGGAAGGAAGUAUACCUGACGAGUUCUAUAGCGGCGCUUUGACACAAACCCUUGACGUUGGCUUCAAUAGACUAACCGGGAAGCUCCCAAGAUCGCUUAGAAACUGCUCAUUUUUGAGGUUUCUAAGUGUUGACAACAACAAAAUCGAAGACACGUUUCCUUUCUGGCUCAAAGCUCUACCAAACUUGCAAGUCUUCACUCUCCGCUCAAACAGAUUCUUUGGCCAGCUCUCUCCUCCUGAUCAAGCUCCUCUCGCGUUCCCCGAGCUGCGUAUACUCGAACUAUCUGAUAACAGAUUUACAGGGAACUUGUCACCAAGUUACUUUGUUAACUGGAAAUCAUCAUUGUUCAAGACAGAUGAGGAUGGGCGUAUGUACAUGGGAGACUAUAAGCAUGCUUACUUUGGAUAUGAAGAUACUAUGGAUUUGCAAUAUAAAGGUCUAUUCAUGGAGCAAGGGAAGGUCCUUACCUCCUACAGCACUAUUGAUUUCUCCGGAAACAAACUUGAAGGACAGAUUCCAGAGUCCAUUGGUCUCUUGAAGGCAUUGAUUGCGCUCAACUUAUCGAACAACGCCUUCACUGGACACAUUCCUUUGUCUUUGGCUAAUGUUACUGAGCUCGAGUCGCUAGACCUGUCAAGAAACCAACUCUCUGGGACUAUUCCUAGGGAACUCGGGAGGCUCUCGUUUUUGUCGUAUGUGAGUGUGGCUCAUAACCAGCUGAAAGGUGAAAUACCACAAGGACCGCAAUUUAGUGGGCAAGCUGAAUCAUCAUUUGAAGGGAAUGCAGGUCUAUGUGGUCUUCCUCUCCCAAAAAGCUGCUUUGCGCCACCAACAGAACAACCUAAGGAAGAAGACGAAGAAGAAGAGGAAGGAGUGCUAAACUGGAAAGCUGUGGUUAUAGGGUAUGGUCCUGGAUUGUUGUUUGGAUUAGUAAUGUCUCAUGUUAUUGCUACAUACAAGCUAAAGUGGUAUUUUAGUUGGUGCGGAUAAGCGCAAGUAAAUCCAUUUAAAUUGUUUAUGUCUAUGAAUUCAAAAUGCGACAGUCUUAAUAAUAUUCACCAGAAUAAUGUAGAACCAGAAACUGGUACGUAAAUAUAGUAUGUUGAUAUCUGAUAUAAGAAUGGGGUUUUAAUUGAGAUCUCUGUUUUGGCUGCUGAAUGCAGAUUGUUAAGAAAGUGACUUGUGAUGCUAGUUUUUGAGAAUCUCCAUAGAACUUGUCAUCCUUGGAAGUACCGUAAAUAUAUUCUGAGACUGUAGAA